CUCCAUUUCAAUCUUUUCGUGAAUCAAAAGUUGUGAUUGGUGGGAUACCAUCAUAGAAUUGUUGUUGAGACUAUGAUUGGCUCCUGAGAAGAGGAUGAAACGGCAAUCAAAUCCACGAUCUUUUUUACGAACAUCAUGCGGCGGUCAAGCGGCAGCGCGUCGAAGGCUCCACCAAAUGCGUUUGCAGUGGAUUUGCGGCGGGUGAGCGAGCUGGCCCAUAUUUCGUACGACGAACUCCUUGCUGGAAUACACUCCGAGAAUGCCACGCGAAUGCAAGGCCUAUUCAUGGAGGUCGACGAUAACGACGACGACGAUGCCAACCUUGCCGACAAAAAACUUGACGCAUUGUUGCUCACGUCCACGCAUGUCACGGACUUCGGCGUCGCGCUGGGCUUUCAAGAGCUGGAUGGUAGAUCUAUCCUCGAGCACAGUCUGUCCCAACUGUUGCUCGCUGGCAUCGACCGUGUCGUGUUGGCCGUGGCCGCCAGCAGCGAUACACAACGUCACGUGGAGCAGUCCGCGUUGUUUUCUCGCAUGCACAUCGUAUUCCUCGAAGUGGUUCCAUCUGUCCUUGACUCGAUUCCCGAGACAGUCCUUGCGGCGCGGCACCUCUUCGCCGGACACUUUCUCAUCCAUGCGGCAGACCGAGUCUUUGACAUGGCGUUGCUAAAGAAAUUUGACGCGUUUCACCGUACCCACCACCGUGUGAGUGUGUUGGUGGAGUCCGAUCUGGCGGUUGCCGCGCGCAUGCCGCCUUCCACGAUGCGAGUCCAGUUUGCGCCACCAACCAGCCCCAUGCCGAUCAAACUCCAUCACGUCGGUCGCGCCAUCGCCGACUACAACGGAGUCGACAUUGGGCUGUACAUUGUAUCGAGUAAAGUGUUUAUCGUGCUGGAUAAUCUCGUGCAUGGAGUUGGCUCAUUGUCAUUUCCUGAAUCCCUCGCUUUUGGCUUCCAACGAGUUUACGCCAUGGCUACAACUCCCCCCUCGGACCUUUGGUUUGGUGUCGACUCCCACGACCAAAUGGUACACACUGUCGAGCACGACCUCGUCCGUCGAUUGGCCAUACUUUCUCCUGAAGCCACGACCAUGCCUUCGUCCUCCUCCUCGUCACCGCCACCACCCCUCAAACGCCGAGCUAGCCUUGUCUUGGCUGUCACAUCUUCGAAAGACCAACCCCAUGCAAAGAUCGACAUGCGAAGGCCUUCGAGUCGCCGGUCCGACGCCGUCGAGGCCUUUCAAGGGUUUGUUGUGCAUGUCCCCCACCUCCAGCCUUCCGAGACGCAUCCCCUCAACCAGGAACUAUCGUUUGGCGUCGUUCCAGUCGGGAACUGCGUGCUACCGGGCGACAUUUCCCUCGAAGGAAGCGCCGGUGACGAGUAUGUGUUGGCUAUUCCCACGGCUCCAACACCCUCCUCGACGCUUCCUCGUACAUCAUCAACCGCGUCGUCCCCACUCCUGCGGCGGUUGAGUCCUCGAAAGAGUGCGUUCUUAGUGCCUCAACACGAAAGCGAUGGUCACACUCGGUCGUUUCUCCUGGCUGUUCCUGUAGACAGAACCAAUGAGCCCCUCAUUCACCCGCCGACACUUCGAAGCACACUCCGUCGACUGUCGGCGUUGCCGUCCGACGUCAAGGACGUGACGUUGGAGGCGUCGAUGGUGGGGGGCAUGAUGGCGAUGCAGUUGACCGUGACAAAACAGGUUCCGUGGGUCGGGUUUGUCAUCUUGGCUGGGGCGUUGUUGAGUGUGUCGGCGCAAGGCGCGGCGCUGCAAAUGCUCGCCGCCGUGCCGCCCCUCGUGAAGAUGGUGUGGCGCUACUUUGGGUCGUCCGUCUUGUUUGGGUGCCUCACGUGGUGGUUGGACGGCGGCCUCCCGCCGCCGCCGUCGGGGUCGUGGGUCAUCGUCGGUCGAGAAACGCUGCUGUGCUCGGCUGCGUACGUGGUGUUCUCUGCCACGUUUAUAUGGGCGCUGGAUCAUACGUCUGUGGGUCACGCGUACAUAUUUACCAACAGCCACUCGAUCCUGCUCGUGGUGGGCAAGUGCAUGUUUGGGCACCCCGUCGCGGGCUUGGAGGCUGCCGGGGCGUUUCUCGGGAUUGCUGGCGGCGUGAUCACCAGCGCCGACCACGAGAGUACCAACACCGCCACGAACGGCGCCAGCCAGCACCCGCCGACGCUGGAAGGAGACAUCGUCGCGUUUGUUGGGGCCAUCGGUGGAGUCGCGUACUUGAUCUAUGCGAAGAGGCUCCAGGAAUUAUUGGGCGUUCGGCUGUUCUGCUUUUGCUUGUUUACGACCACGUGGAUGCUCCUGUUGCCACUGUUGUGGAUUAUGCAAGAGGACUUGACGUGGUCAUCAGAUCCAGUCGUGGGGUUCUAUGGAUGGACACACCACCUGGGUAUCGAAGGCGUGUUAGUGGUCGUCGUGAGUGCGUGCGGAACCAUGGGGUUUAUCACGUCGAUGAAAUACUUCCCCCCGCUCGUGGUGUCCGUGACCAUGCUGCUGGAGCCCAUUGUAGCCACCAUCAUAUGCAUUAUCGUUGGCACGGCGACCACACCUGGAUGGGUGACGUUCGUGGGCGGGUCAGUUGUGGUUGCGGGGACGCUGCUCGUCAUAUGUAGCACCUCCAACACCGCGGAAGUCACCAAUAUAUCGGAAGCCAUGGUCGUGCAGUCUCAUGACAACGGCAGCACCCCGAAAGGAUAUGGCGCGUGUUCAUGACAACGCUGUUGUUUUUAUGUUGUCGUGGGUUUUUCAACCAAUGAAAUUAGGUUUGAGGCAUUUCCACCAAUCAUAUUGCUGUAAAUUAAGCACGACCAAUAGUACUCUACACUUGUCCCAAACCAAUUGAAUCGAAA